CGCCAGCCCCGGGCGCAGGGCCUCCCUCCAUUGGCCGGGUUUAGAGGGGAUGGUCAGGGACUGCACCGCGCUCCUCGGUAGGCUGGCGGGCUGGUGGCGUGAGAGGAGCCUGCUGGGUCUUCUCAGCAUACAGUAGGUGCCUAAUUAGCACGGCCAGAGUCAGGCUGCCCCUUCCCUCCACUUCCGCCUCUCUUUGUCCACUUUUGGCGGGGAGUGGGGGAAGGAGGGAGUCAGGGAUCCUUCAACUUUGUUCAGCUCCAGUUUGGGGGGUCAAGGCCAGGUUGAAAUCCAAGAUGACACCUUGAGCACUUUUCCCAGGAGAGCUUGGGAGAGUGAAGCACAAAACAAUAACGAUUUAUUAUUCUGCCCCACCAAAGUCCCCUGGAUUUGCACACUGCGUGGCUGGAAGAGCCAGCCUUCUCCGGGAGUUCGGUUCUUGCCGGAGGGGCGCCCCGUUCAGCCAGCGGCCAAGAUGUCCUCAGUGGGGAAGGUGACCCAGGUUCCCAGCGGGAAGGUCUACCAGCAGAUCUUCGAGGCUGAGGUGCAGCUGGUACGCUCUCUGGCAGCCACCAGGAAGCGCGCUGUGGAGAGUUCCAUGACCCCAAAGAAUGGCAGGAAGCCCUUGAUGAAGAAGAUGGAUAUUCCUGAAGGGGAGAUGAUGUGUCCUCGGCAGCGGAAGUGGGCGCACAGCCUACCCAAUGACUGGGUCACGGAAAAUCCUGUUCUCUACAGGGAAAAGGAAAUAAUCAAGAAGAAAAAAGCUGAAGAAAGUGAGAGCAUCAUUGAAGCCAGAGAGGUCCGGGGCCUCAUGGACACCAUAGUUCCAGAGAGGAUCAGCACAACCACCCUGGACAGAGACUCCAAGAGGCAGGGCUACGAGAGUGCUCUGGGGAGCUUUAAGGAGGAGAUUGCUCAGAUUGGGAUGGAAAUGGAACCUCUCAUCUUAGAGCCAGGAGCACUUCUUUUAAAAAAGCUGGCGGCGUCUGAUGAGGAAAUCGACCAACUCUUCAAAAAGGUGGAAAGUAACAUCAACGUCGAAGACUACACCAUCCAAACCCUGAUGGAGCUGUGGGAUCAGGUGGCUGAGAAGUUCCAGUUCCAGAAGCAGGGGAUUAAGGAGCUGGAUGAGACACUGACCUCGACCGAGUUCUCUCGGGCAGAUAAACUCGGAAGCGUGUUGAAGAAAUAUGUGGAAAUCAUAGAGAAAACUUCCUAUCUCAUGCAGCCCGACGUGUACACGCUGAUAAAUAAGGAAGCCAUGGUCAUAAACCAGGCCCUCCUGGGCAACCGGAGGGCCAUCGCCCAGCUGUUUGUCAACCUGAUGGAGGCCACGCUGCAGCAGGAGCUCGAGGGCCAUCGUCGCUGGCAGGGCCUGGUGGACACCUGGAAGGUCCUCAAGAAGCAGGCCCUGGUGCAGAGUUUCAGUGAGUUCAUGGCCAGUGAGAGGAUCCGGGCUCCUCCAGAUGUGAAGAAGGAGAUAGAGAGCAUGCUGAAGAACCAGAAAGCCCUGCAGCAAAAGCGGCUGGAGCAUCUCUGCACCAUCUGUGACCUUCUGCCCCCCAAUUACAGCAAAGCUCAGCUGGCUGAAUGGCAUUCUUCUCUCAACUCCCUAAAUAAGCACCUCGAUGCCUACCACAUGGGCUGCGUGAUGCAGAUCCGCCUGCAGUACGAGAAGACCUGGCAGGAGUGCCUGGCCCGCGUGCAGGAAUGCAAGAAGCAGCUGCUGGACUGGAAAGCCUUCACUGAGGAGGAGGCAGAGAGCCUGGUGAGCCCAUACUUCUUCCAGAUGGUGGGAAUGCUCCAGAGCAAGGUGGAAGAGGAGCUGGAGCUCUUGGACAAAUCCUUUGAGGACCUGGCCAAGCAGACAGAAUGUCAGAGCUCGGAUCUCCUCAACUACUUCCAAGAGGCCGUGAGGCUGUGGGAGGCACAUCAGAGCACGCUGUCCGGGCAGGAGCUGGAGCUGGAGAAGAGGAUGGAACAGCAGCGGCAGAAGCACAUCCUGGAGGAACAGGCCCAGGAAGCCCACCUUGAUAAGCUCUUGGACCAACUGAGGCAGCAAAGCCUUGAGGAAACACUGAAGCUUCACCUGGAAAAGGCCAAAGAUUUUCUGAAGAAUAUGAAACACAGGUAUGAGUGUUUCCACAAGACCCUGACAAACCAAGUGAUGGAGUACCCAGUGCUCACACUGAGAGAACUCAACUCCUACAGCUCCACCCUUAGCCAACAUUUCUAUGUUCGUGAGAUCUUUGAACAGACCUUGGAUGGGGAAGUCAUUUUCAAAUUCAGGGAACCAGAAGCACAGGAAAAGCUCUUCCAGGAGAGUAUGAGAAAACGGAGGAGUAAACAGAGAGCUGAAGUGGAAAUGAGCAGAAGUGAGGACAGUGAAAACGCAGGAACAAGUUCAUCCAGGCUAGCGGAAGAGAUGGAAGGAGAAGAUCAAGACAUCGAGUCUUCCUUAAAUGAAGAGAUGGCAGCGAGCCAGCAGGAACAAUCUGCACUGAGUGACGAGAUGGAUGAGUCCAGUGAGGAGUCUAUUCAGGGGUUAGAAGAAAUGCAAGUUAAAAGAGACAGCUCCUUAAAACCAUCCCAGAACCAGGAAAAUGUGAUGGUUCAAGAAGAGGAGACAGAGGAGGAAGAGGAGAAAAAGAAGGAGAAGGAGAAGAGGAGGAAGAAAAAGAAGAAGGAAGAGGAAGAGGAGGAGGAGGAAGAGGAGGAACAUGAAGUGGAAGAAAAGCAGGAGGAGGAGGAAAAGGAAGAACAUGAGAGUUUAUCUAUGGAUGAGGCCGAAACCCAGGAAGAGCAUCUGGGGGAGAUCUCCUGUGAAGACAUGGAGUCCUUCACAACCUCCAGCGGACACACUUAUUUUGUCUUCCUACCCCUGGAACAAGAAGAAGAGAGUUUCAAAAGGCCCAAUUCCAACCUUUCUACCAUUCUCAUCAAUGACACUUCCAGUGCCAACCUCCUAGACCAAGUGAUAAUUCCAUCCAGACUAGUUUUAGGAAUUAAGAAGCAACUUCGAGCUGGUUUUUUCGAGCACCUAGAGAAGUGGUUUGACCAACGUGUCCUCAAAACCCAGGUCACUGUGGCCACCAAGAUUGAUGAGCUGGACUCAGAACUAGAGCUGCAUCUGCACCUACACAAGCCAAGAGCUGAGUGGAUUGAAAAGGACAUCCACAAUGUCAGAGCAGCUGAGCUCUUGCUUCAUCAAGAGCAGCUGGACAGCCACUGUGCUGGGGUGAUGGAGACGCUGAGGAAGGAGAGGCUGAUGUUCUACCGGUUCCAAGAAGAGCAAAACAUAAAGAGCAAAAACUUCCGCCGCAAGAUUUACGACAUGGAGCAUAUCUUCUUGAAUGCCACAAAGAGCCAGAGGCUGGUUACUCUCAGCAGCACACUGCACCAGGAGCUGCUCAGCUACAUCGACGUCGUGCAGGUGUCCCUGCGCAGCUUCCGCCAGUACUUGGAGGAGAACCUGGGCAAGCUUCACUACGCCAACAUCGAGUUCAUCAAGCACUGCAGAUUGUUUUCUGACGGAGGCAACUUUUCUGCUGAAGAAAUUGACUCACUGUGUCAUCGACUGGAGAAGGAAGCUUCUCGAAUAGAGUUUGUUGAAAGUUUAAUCAUGAUCAACAUGGAGAAGAUGGAGAAUGAAUACCUGGACCAGGCCAAUGAUGUCAUCAAGAAGUUUGAAAGCAAAUUUCAUAACCUGUCUGUGGACCUUAUUUUCAUAGAGAAAAUCCAGCGGUUGCUGACAAAUCUGCAAGUGAACAUCAAGAGCGAGGUUGCAAAAUCCAAUCUGCAAACAGAUGGAUUGAAUUCGUCUCUGGAACAGCUUCAAAGGAAAAUAGAAAUGUGUCGAAACUCAAAGGGAGAUAAAAAAGUGGUGGCCACGGAUGACCUCCUUGGCUUGGUCCGGACUUGGAAAGAAAAACUGGCCCAGAGGAUUCAGUACCUGAAUUGCAGGCUGGACAUCGUAUACACGACUCAAGUCGUCUUUACUGAUGACAUCAUGAUCGAUAUGGAGGUGGAGAGUGACAUCCUGGUGUCUUCAGAAGUCCUUGAAGAGGAAGCCAAGGUAGACUUGGUCACCCCUGAGUCCUUUGCCCAGCCCAGCCGCAUGGGGAAGUCCAUGAUUGAAGACCCGGCUGUGGAAGUGGUCAAGAAGAUCCUGCAACUUCCCAACUCAAAAUGCUCAACCCAGCAGUGCGACAAAGAUCGGUUCCAGACAGGCUUGAAGCGACACCGGAACCGGGGAGAACAUGUCGUGAGAAAGGUCCUGUCCAGUGCCAGUGCCACUUCAAUAACGAGCAUCACACGGUACUCCAAGCCCAACCGAAUGGACAGAAAGUACCAGGUGCUCGGGGAGAAGCCACCGCCGCCAGCUGAGGAUUUUAAGGGGAUCAUCCUGACCCUCCUCUGGGAGAGCAAUGAACAUCUGCUGAAUGUUGUGGAGGAGUUUUACCGCAAAGAGAAGCACUCAGUCACCAGGCCUGACUGCAUGUACGAAAACUUUGACCAGUGUGCAGAGAAUAUCUGCAAGAGGAUCCUGGAAUACCGUGUCCAGACAGACGAGUACCAUAACUCCUGCCUCAUAGAAUUACGGGCCCAGAUGAGGAGAUUUGAGGAGCUGCUGCCCCAGGUCUGCUGGCUGGUGAUGGAGAACUUCAAAGAACACCACUGGAAAAGAUUCUGUGCAUCUGCCAAAGAGAUCCGGGAACAGUUCUGGGAUUAUCAGGAGAAGCUGGAGAUAAGGAAGGAUGAAAAUGCCCAGAAGCUCCAUCAAAAUCUCGGACAUCCCGCACAUAUCCAAGAAAUGGAGUCUCUGUGUCAAGUGGAAGAGAAAAGGCAGAACGAUUUAGACACUGUGAUUAUGGCAACCAGGGAGAAGCUUGAGGAAUUCACCAGGAAGUACGGCCGGUUUUUCAUAGCCAGCCUGGCCACCUUCACCGAGAAGUUCCUGCUGCAGUUGGAUGAAGUGGUCACCAUCGACGAUGUCCAGGUUGCAAGGAUGGAGCCUACCAAACAGAAAACAUCAAUCCUCAUACGGAGGAAACUCGCUAGGCUUUCCCUGAAGGAAGAAAGUGAGAAACCCCUGAUUGAGCGGGGGAGCAGGAAGUGGCCAGGAAUCAAACCCACUGACGUCACCAUCCAAAACAAGAUUCUCCUCCGGAAAACAUCAUCCAUCAUCACCACCAAAACGACCCUGGGCCACCUGGCAGCCGUGGAAGCCCGAGAUGCCGUCUACCUGAAAUAUUUAGCAUUAUUUGAAGAGGAGUUGAAGAAGAUCCAGGACGACAACACAUUGCAGGUGAAGGAGGCUCAGCGCUGGAAGGACAGCUGGAAGCGCUCCGUGGAUACCAUCCAGGGCCUGUACUUGUGACACCCUCAACCCACCCCAUGUAAAGGUUCAUUUUUUAUGGACUCCUUCUCUAUCCAUCUGUCCGUUCAUCCAUCCAUCCAUCCGUUCAUCCAUCCCUGCUCUAUACCCAGCACUGUAGCUUCAUCAGUGACCAGGACAUGGUGUGGUCCCUGCCCAUGUGGAUGGGUAAGGAGGACAGAGGUGAAAGGGGGUUCCAUGUGGUUCUCAGGGUUGGUGGGUCACAGGAUUGGGCCACUUAAAAUAGAGACCAGUAAUUCAGAGGACAUAAUUCCAAUAGGCGUGCUUGGCACUUCAUCUUGGAAAAGGAAAUAAUAAAACUAUCUGGGCAUGGGUAUAUUUACAUUUAACAAAGUGUAAGAUAAUUGCAACCAUGCAACCCACAAAGAAUUCAUCCAGUCUUGAUUGGGUAUCUGCCUGGCAACUUGCCUGACCAAAUUAUAGCAUUUUGAGGAAAAUCUUCCAGGACUCCUUAAUUUUCCUAGGGGCCCCUUAAAUCUUGUGAGACUCAGAUCCUUCCCUCUGGAAGCCUCCAUCUUGCAUCUUCCUUGCUGGUUUUCUCUUCCUUGAUUAAAUGGCCUAACCACACCAGAUCUCAUUUGUUAGUAGCUUUUUGUGGCACUCGGAUGGACUGCUUACAUUCCUUCCUUGAUUUCAUCAACUCCUGUUCCUUUUACCUGGUUUGCAUUUUGACUUUGCAUCAGUUUGGAUUUUCCUAUGCUUUACCUGUUUUAAUGACUUGAUGAGGUAGGCUUUUGCUCCCAUUUACAGAUGUGGAAACUCAAGUUCAGAAGGUCAAGACAACCUCCUCAAAGGUAUACAGCCAGUAUAGCGCCUCAGCAUACUUUUUGGUUCCCCAAAAGUGGACAAAGACUUGGGGGCAAGCCAUUGUUUUGGAGAUGAUCCCAAGAAGCAUGAAUGAGGUCAUGGGGAAGGGGAGCCUGGAAGAAGCCUUGGCCUUGCUCCGGACCCCUUCUAACCCUCCUCCACACACACCAGACACAUCUGUCCUCCUCACCUGUCCCCCACCCCAUUGCCUGUCCCCUGGCCUGUCGUUGACCUACCUCCUGACCUGUUUUCCUGUAGCCACUGUCCACACUAGGGACUGUGGGCUCAUUGUAGUUCCAGGUGCUCACAGAAGUGGACUGCAAGACCCCAGUCCUUCUCUCAAAGUUACCCUUGGAAACUUAGGGACUUCCCUAUCGAGCAGGUAGUUAGGGAAAUGGAUGCCACUGCCCCAUGAUAGAGCUGCCUCCAACCUCUUUCCAUUCUCCCUCUUGUAAGUUCUCCCAUGUCUGCUCUUUCUUGACCAUGCCUCCAUGUUCCCCACCCGAGAAGUCAGUGUGAGUGAAUGUGCCUGAGCACAUGUGAGGAUGUGGAGAGGAAAAUGACCUCCACAAUGGAGAGGAGGUGGGCAGGGGCCCCCUGGGAUCCUAGAGUUUCUCAUCACCAAGUAAACUCUUUCAGGAUGUGUUGAGCCCUGGCCUACAAGGCCAAAGCCCUUCCUUAUCCUCUGGACUCUGCCCACCUCCUGGGCCCCAGACUGGUCCUUGACUCACUCUUGGCCUCAGUUUCCUAAUUGUGCAACAAAAGCCUGAUACAGAACCACAUAAGUGGAUGCUCAGUGAGGUCCAGCUCCAUCAAAACAGGUUGGAGUGUUGAGAUGGAGUGAUAUGGGUACAGAAAGGAACACAGUGUAUGGUAGCCAGGCUUUGUGUCCAUGGCCAGGCACACACAAGGGGUCCUGGGGAAGACCCAAGAAGAGUGCAUACACGAGCCCGCAAGCUGACGUGUACGCGUGUACAUUGUACUAGUAGCUCCACACAUGAGGUUGGUCUCCUUCAGCCAGCUCUGUGCACCCCACAGCUGCUGAGGCCUGGGUCAUAUGUUCACCACUGGACCCAGCAAGGCUGUCAGUCUCAGCCACUAGGAUGAAGGGUGGGGAAGGGGCAGUUCCCUAAAGAAACACUAAUGUCCUGUUCCCAACAGAAGAGGGCAUGAAUGUCAGCCAGGCAGAAGCACCAAGUCUCAGAAUCAUGCAAGCUGCCUGCAUACCUGUCUCUGCCACUAUGCACAAAGGGCUGUGUCCCAGAGAAAGGGCCUAUCUUGUACAAGGUCACAUAGUGAUUCAAUGGCAAAGCUCCUAUAUUUGCCUAUAUAUAGUAGAAAAUCCAGUAGAAAAAUAAUGUGGCACAAACAAAGAUUUCUAUCUCUUUCACAUAAAAGAGCUCUUUUUUCUGUUGUGGGACAACUCCAGUGACCCCCACCCCAGGCAACUGGACGAUAACACUGACUUAUUUGUGACUUACUGACAAUAACCAGAGAAAAUCACUUAUGUUCCAGGAGAGGGGCCGUCCUCUUAACCUGCCUUUUUCUGUAUUCACAAAACUUUCCUACAACCCCUAUGGUGGAGGACAUUUGCUAAUAAAACAAACCAAAGACAAAAGCAAACCCCCCAAACCCAAAAAAGCUCUAGAGGCAGGCCAUCCUUAUUGGUCCUGGACUGCUCAUCAUGGAAGACCACGGGUCAUCUGUCCUUCCCCAGCAUCUUAGCAUGUGGUUUCUAUCAUCAAGGCUGUCCAUGGUCCAGGUCUACACUUGAGACUGCAGGCAGGAGAAAAGAAGGAGGGAAAAGAGGCCCUCCCAGCUAUAUCUGUCCCAUCUGAUCAGCCUCCCCAAAGUCCCCCAUCAUACUCUGUUCGCAUGUCAUUGACCUAAACUUUGGUCACUCUUAGCUGUCAGAGAGGUUAAGAACUUUAGUCUUUUCAUUUGUUGAACUGCUGCCCAAAUCAAAACUGGUUUUUAAGCAAAGUGGGAAUGAAAAUGUGGAAACUACCAGUGCUCUUUCCUACACAGAACUUCAAGAUGAAGAGGAGAGGGGGUUAUUUCCAGGUGCGUGGGGCAUCCACAGCCUCUCUUUCCUUGGUGUUCACUCAUUCACAGGGAGAACAAAAAGUCUGUUCUAAACCAGUGUGUGAGUGGGAUUGUGUUGAUUUUUAUCUGCUUGUCCCUUAUAAGAAGACCUCAGAAAACCCUCUUCUAUUUCAUAAAUGGAGUGGAGAGAGGUGGGGUUGUGAAGUCUUGUAGGCAAGCAACAUGUUCCUAAACAGCUGAGUCAAAAUCAUAUGUCUGUAAAUCAAAGAAUAGAAUCUGUUGACCGCACCAUGUUUGACCCUCAUGGUGAAUACUAG